GCACGCUUUCCCACUGCUUGGGGAUUUUUGGGUCACCGUCUUUGUGUAUCUGCUUUCAUGCUCGCAUCCAAGGUCAUCUGUGACAACACUUACUCCAACAAAUCCUGGAGUAUUGUAGCCCAAGGUAUGUUCCAAUUGCAAGAAAUAAAUCAGAUGGAGCGCGAGAUGUGUGAGUAUCUGAAGUGGGAACUCAAUGCAGAUCUGGUAACACUUAGGGAGUUCAAAGACAUGGUCAAGAAAGAUUUUGUAGGUCAAGGACCUUACCUGACUUAUUAUAUCCUUCCCUCCUCGUCCAAG